AUGAUUUAGAUGAAGACACUUGAUGUAGUUCAUGACAUAAAAAUCGAUAUUAAUGGUUUGGACUUUCCAGAAAUAUCAUUUGAGCUACUAGAAGAUGAAAUAACUGUAACUGCAAAACCAAACGCUUUCAGUUUUAUGAACACUCCUGGUAAAUAUAUCACUAGUAAACUAUCAACGAAAAUCCUUGACAAAAAACAAUUUCAAUACAAGAUUUAUCUACUUAGAAAUAGUCUAAUGUCUCUACAAAUGUUGAAACUAAUAUGGAGGCGGGCCUUGGGGGUUGGCCUUUAAAAAUAUAUUGUAGAUGUUUAAGACCUAAGUCAUCAAGAGAUUUACAAAGAUGCGGUUGUAAAUGGAAUUCAUGUUAGUGAAUUAGCUAGAGGUGGAGAAGCUGUUGUCUAUAGAGUAGAAAAUAUGUAUUUGGAUGAAGUUGUGGCCAAAUGUGCUCUAAUUAAAGAAAACUCUAAUGCUGAUGAAUUGAAAGAAAAUUUCUAUAAUAUAAUGAAUGAGACCCAGCAAUUGAGGCUUCUUAAGAAUGAGAAUUUCAUAGCUUAAGUCAAGGAGGAAAUUAUUGAAUUCAAUUCUUACAAAAAGGAAAUUACAAAUUAUUGCGCCAUUGUAGAAAGAGCUUAGCACACAUUAGAUUAAAGACUUAAGGUAGGUGAUUUAGGCAUUAGUCUAUAAUAAUAAAGACUGGGAUAAAAAUAAUUACAAACUUAAAGAGACCAAUAGAUUGAGCGAAAUAAUGAAGGUCUAAACUACAUGUUGAUGCAUGAGGCAUUAAAAACAAGAAUAUUAGAGAAGUUAUUGAAAUAUGGGCAGAAUAUUUUGCCAAUCACAUUCAAUAUGUUCAAUAAAUAGCAAACAGAAUGA